AUGGCUGGAAAAUCAAGCAACAAAGGGAGGAACAAAAAAGGGUCCCAUAAUGCAUCCAUUACGUCAGAAUCGGCUGUCCAUUCUGAUGUUCCUGUGAAGGAUAAUGGGGAAGGCACUUUAGAAUCCGCAAAAGCUGAUUUAGCGGAAGUUCCAUCAACAGUUGAUUCGACUGGUGCCAAUCCAGAACUCAAGGAGCAUGAAACUGUGACUGAAGGGAGCCAACAAAAGCAAGGUGAAAUGGGCCCCUUUAGGUCCAUUGGUGACCCAAUACCUGCUCAGCGACCUAAAUUGCUUUUACAAAGCAUUGCUUACAAGGGUGAUCUUCAGCUUUACCCUGUUUCUGUUAAAACACAAACUGGGGAGAAGCUUGAGCUUCAGUUGAAUCCUGGAGACUCUGUCAUGGAUGUUAGACAGUUCCUCCUUGAUGCGCCUGAGACGUGUUUUAUCACAUGCUAUGAUUUACUGUUGCAUACGAAGGAUGCAUCCACUCAUCACCUGGAAGAUUAUAAUGAAAUUUCCGAAGUAGCUGAUAUUACUACUGGUGGUUGUUCCUUGGAAAUGGUUCCUGCUUUUUAUGAUGAUCGAUCUAUAAGGGCCCAUGUUCACCGAACAAGGGAGUUGCUUUCCCUUUCUAAUCUCCAUGCUUCACUAUCAACAUCACUUGCCUUGCAGAAUGAGAUAGCACAAAAUAAAGCUGCAAAUUCAGGAGAUACCUUGAAACAUGAAGUUCCUGAGCUCGACGGGCUUGGUUAUAUGGAGGACAUCUCUGGUUCAUUGGGUAAUUUAUUAUCGUCCCCAUUGAAGGAUAUUAAAUGUGUAGAGAGCAUAGUGUUUUCAUCCUUCAAUCCUCCACCAAGCUAUAGAAGGCUUCUUGGAGAUUUGAUUUAUUUGGAUGUUACCACUCUUGAGGGUAAUAAAUUUUGUAUUACGGGAAGUACAAAAAUGUUCUAUGUCAACUCAAGCUCAGCAAACACUCUUGACCCAAGGCCAAGUAAAGCUACUUUUGAAGCAACGACUCUUGUUGCUCUCUUACAGAAGAUUAGCCCCAAGUUCAAAAAAGCUUUCCGUGAAGUAUUGGAGGGUAGAGCUGCUGCCCAUCCUUUUGAAAAUGUGCAAUCUUUGUUGCCACCUAAUUCUUGGCUUGGGUUAUACCCUGUUCCUGGUGAGCUUAGCCUCUGGCAUUUUCUUUCCUGUUGCUAUCUAGAUAAAGAAGGCUUUUAUUAUGUUUACCACAGGCGUGAUGCAGCCAGGGCUGAGAAUGCUUUGACUCUUCUAUAUGGCAAUGAGCCAAUUGGCAUGCAAAGAGACUGGAAUGAAGAGCUGCAGUCCUGUAGAGAAUUUCCUCAUACAACUCCACAGGAGAGGAUUUUGCGGGAUAGGGCACUUUAUAAAGUGACAUCAGACUUUGUUGAUGCAGCUAUUAAUGGCGCUAUUGGAGUGAUCAGUGGCUGCAUUCCUCCAAUAAAUCCAACUGACCCCGAAUGCUUUCACAUGUACGUUCACAACAACAUAUUCUUCAGUUUUGCUAUUGAUGCGGACCUUGAGAAGCUGUCAAAGAAACGUGUGGAUUGUAAUUCAAAAUCUUGCAGCCCAGCCACUUUGCAAAGUUCUUCUGAUAAAGCUUCCAUUCCACUUCAUGGAGAAAAUCAUGUUCCUAAUGGGGGAAAAGAUUCUGGUACAAGUUCAGAAGAUCUUAAUGGCACACAAAUCACUCAAGAUGUUCCUCCAGAAGCUCAGCUGGCUGAGAAUGAGCAAGCCACAUAUGCUUCUGCAAACAAUGAUUUGAAGGGCACAAUGGCUUACCAAGAAGCUGAUGUUCCUGGACUUUAUAAUCUUGCUAUGGCUAUAAUUGACUACAGGGGUCAUAGGGUGGUAGCUCAGAGUGUAUUACCAGGCAUUCUUCAAGGGGACAAGUCAGACUCUCUCUUGUAUGGCUCUGUUGACAGUGGAAAGAAAAUUUGCUGGAAUGAAGAUUUUCAUUCUAAGGUGUCAGAGGCUGCCAAACGCCUUCAUUUGAAGGAACAUUUAGUCCUUGAUGGAUCUGGAAAUGUUUUCAAUUUAGCUGCACCAGUGGAGUGCAAGGGCAUUGUUGGUGGUGAUGACCGACAUUACCUUCUUGAUUUGUUGAGAGUAACUCCUCGUGAUGCCAACUAUACUGGGCCUGGUUCUCGAUUUUGUAUCUUGAGGCCAGAAUUAAUUACUGCCUUUUGCCAGCUGACUGGCUCUUCGUGGGAACAGGCCCAAGCAGCAGAGGCAUUGAAACCUAAGGAGGUGAAUUCUCAAGAGGCUGACAAUUUAGCCACUGGUUCCCAGAAUGCUGCUGAUACUGACCAGCCGGUGAAUGAUUCCCCAACUGCUGCUGAUGCUGAGACCCCGGUGAAUGAUUCUCAAAAUGUUGUAGAUGCUGAGAAGCCAGAUUUAAAAAAGGAAGAAAAAACUGAGGAUGUCAAAGAACUUGCUUCUGUGACUGCCAAAACCUCUGAUGGUUGCGAGGAUAUUGUUUUUAAUCCAAAUGUCUUCACUGAAUUCAAACUUGCUGGGAGUCCAGAGGAAAUAGCGGCUGAUGAAGAUAAUGUUAGAAAAGUUAGUCAAUAUCUUACUGAUGUUGUACUUCCAAAGUUUAUACAAGACCUUUGUACACUUGAAGUUUCACCAAUGGAUGGCCAGACAUUAACUGAAGCACUGCAUGCUCAUGGAAUUAAUGUUCGCUAUAUUGGCAAAGUGGCUGAAGGGACUAAACAUCUUCCUCAUCUGUGGGAUCUUUGCAACAAUGAGAUUGUUGUCAGAUCUGCUAAGCAUAUUAUCAAGGAUUUAUUGAGAGAGACAGAGGACCAUGAUCUCGCACCAGCAGUAUCUCAUUUCUUAAAUUGCCUAUUUGGAAGUUGUCAAGCUUCCAGUGGAAAGGCUAGCACCAACAGCAUUCAAUCCAAAACUCUGAAAAAGGAACAUACAGGGCAACGGUCUCCAGGAAAACAUUCCAAAGGGCAAGCUCGUUGGAAAGGCAGGGCAUCAUUAAGAAAGACUCAACCGUUGUAUAUGAGCUUCAGCUCGGAAGCUCUUUGGUCAGACAUUCAAGAAUUUGCAAUGGUUAAAUAUAAGUUUGAAUUGCCAGAGGAUGCAAGGUUGCGCGUUAAGAAAAUUUCUGUUAUACGUAAUCUUUCUCUGAAGGUUGGUAUAACAGUUGCAGCUCGUAAAUAUGAUCUUAGUUCAACAACACCCUUCCAUACAUCAGAUGUCUUGGAUAUCCGUCCGGUGGUCAAGCAUUCAGUUCCCUCUUGUUCGGAAGCCAAGGAACUUGUUGAAACUGGAAAACUUCAAUUGGCUGAGGGCAUGCUUAGUGAAGCCUACACUUUAUUCUCUGAGGCAUUCUCGAUUCUACAACAGGUUACUGGUCCCAUGCAUCGGGAGGUUGCUAAUUGCUGUCGAUAUCUUGCCAUGGUUUUGUAUCAUGCUGGAGAUAUGGCCGGGGCUAUUAUGCAACAACACAAGGAACUAAUCAUAAAUGAACGUUGUCUUGGUCUAGAUCAUCCUGACACUGCUCACAGUUACGGAAAUAUGGCUUUGUUUUACCACGGACUUAACCAGACAGAACUUGCCCUUCGCCAUAUGUCCCGUGCUUUGCUAUUAUUAAGUUUGUCAUCAGGGCCAGAUCAUCCGGAUGUUGCAGCAACAUUUAUCAAUGUUGCGAUGAUGUAUCAGGAUAUAGGAAAGAUGAACACAGCUCUUCGGUAUCUGCAAGAAGCUUUAAAGAAGAAUGAAAGGCUUCUUGGCGAGGAACAUAUUCAAACUGCUGUUUGUUAUCAUGCUCUUGCCAUUGCAUUUAAUUGUAUGGGUGCUUUCAAGCUCUCUCACCAGCAUGAGAAGAAAACGUAUGAUAUACUUGUCAAACAACUUGGUGAAGAUGAUUCAAGGACACGGGAUUCGCAGAAUUGGAUGAACACAUUCAAAAUGCGCGAACUACAGAUGAAUGCCCAAAAACAAAAGGGUCAAGCUCUGAAUGCAGCUUCUGCUCAGAAGGCUAUUGAUAUCCUGAAGGCACACCCUGAUCUGAUUCAUGCAUUCCAAGCUGCUGCUGUUGCUGGGGGAUCUGGAAGUUCAGGCGCAUCCGCAAACAAAUCCCUCAAUGCUGCAAUAAUGGGUGAGGCCCUCCCUAGAGGAAGGGGAAUCGAUGAAAGGGCUGCACGUGCAGCUGCUGAGGUCAGGAAGAAGGCUGCAGCAAGGGGCCUGUUAGUGCGUCCCCAUGGUGUUCCAGUCCAAGCCUUGCCACCCCUUACCCAACUUUUGAAUAUUAUAAACUCAGGUGCCACUCCAGACGCAGUGGAUAAUGGGAAUGCAGAUGGAGGAAAGGAAACAAAUGGCAUUCCUUCAAGUGAUUCAACUGAUGUCAAGAAAGGCCAAACAAUACCGGUGCAAGAGCAAGCUCCAGUUGGAUUAGGCAAGGGAUUAUCAUCAUUGGAUGCCAAGAAACAGAAAUCAAAACCAAAAGCUGGGGCUUAA